AUGGCAGAACAGCAAUAAGCAGACUAUUUGAAUCUCAAAGUUAAGUCCCAAGACGGUGAAGAAGUGUUUUUUAAAAUUAAAAAGUAAACCCAAUUUAAGAAAUUGAUGGAUGCAUAUUGUUCAAGACAAAAUUUACAAAUCUAAAAUGUUAGAUUCUUAUUUGAUGGGGAAAGAAUAUUAGAGACCUAAACUCCAGCAGAUAUUGGAAUGGAAACAGGAGAUGAAAUUGAUGUUGUCAUAGAACAAGUGGGAGGGUAAAUAUGAUGAGUUAAAAUAAAAUAAUAAAGUUAUAUUCAGCUAUGUUUGUUUAGUCUCAUUUCAAA